AUGGGUACGGGGGCUAGGGUUCUGUGGGAGUGGGGUAGAAAAAACCAUAGGGAAGGGGCGAUGGGUCUUGAUGGGGAAAUUGGGGAGCCGAGAAGAAAUCGGGGGGGAGGGGGGGGUGGGUUUUUGGGUUCUGCCCAGGGAGAGUGGGUUGCUGGAGGAGGGGGCGAUGGGUUUCUGGGUUCUGCGCAAGGAUGGGGUGGGGGAUGGGGGGAGGAAUAG